AUGGACAGCAACAACUCUGACGACAAGAAGAAGCUCAGCGUCGAAAUGGAGCAAAUGAACCAAGACGAAAAGCUCGCCGACGACACACUACCCGGAGAAGUCCUCGACGCCGAAGAUGAAUUCUCAGAUAUGUACUACCGCAAACUUCUAUGGAAGAUUGACCUUUGGCUCCUCCCACUCAUGUGGGUAUGCUAUGGCACGCAACAAACCGACAAAACAUCCCUCAGUGUUCAAGCUGUCUUCGGAAUCCGAGAAGACACGGGCCUUGUCGGAGAACAGUUCAACUGGCUCAGCACAAUUUUCUACCUGUCGUAUCUGGUCUGCGAAGCCCCAGGAAACUGGCUAAUGCAGAAAUGUCAUACCGGCAAAUUCUUAUCCAUCGUCAUGGUCCUUUGGGGAGUAAUUGUUCUGUGCAUUGCCUUUGCGAAGAACUUCGCGCACCUUAUGAUCUUGAGAGCGAUCCAGGGUGCUCUCGAAUGUACCAUCUCGCCCACCUUCAUGCUCAUCACUGGUGCAUUCUAUACCUCCCAGGAACAUACACUACGAUCUUUGAUCUGGGGUACAUCCAAUGCUGGAAUGAACAUCCUCGCCGGAUUGAGUAUGUAUGGAAUCGGUCUUCAUGCUGAGAAGCAUCCAGGAGGCCUGGCUGCUUGGAAAGGUAUCUCAUUCCUUCUAGGAGCCUUAACAAUUACAUGUGGUAUCCUUGUAUGGUUCAUCCUUGGCACUCCCCGCGAAGUUCGAUGGUUAAGCAAAGAGGAGAAGCGCGCUGCCAUAGCUCGUGUCAUGUCCAACCAAACUGGUUCUGAUCGUGAAAAAAGAUCCGAAUUCAAGUGGGAUCAGGUCUGGGUCGCCCUCAAAGAUCCACAAACCUACUUCUUCUUCUUUAUCACCAUCAUCAAUGCCCUCCCUAACGGUGCCAACACGACAUUCUCGAAGCUCAUCUGGAAGUCUUUCGGCUUCACGCCUCUGGAGACACUGCUUAAAGGCUCUACCCCUUACUACUGCGUCAGCAUCUGCUGGUUCUUGGUGGUCGGAUAUGUGACCUUGAAGAAGCCUAAUAUUCGAUUCCUCAUGAUGAUGUUCUCUCUUAUCCCGGCCUUUUCUGGAAUGAUGGCCCUCGCCUUUUUGCCCCAGGACAGCAUGAAAUGGACUAGAUGGGGCAUGUAUAUUCUGCAAGUCUUUGGUUCACUCCCUGGGCUCAUGAUCUGGACGUUUCUUCCUUCGAACGUUGCUGGUCGGACCAAGAAGACUGUCACCGCUACUACAAUCUUUGUCGCAUAUUGUGUUGGUAACGCAGUUGGUGCACAGAUGUUUGUUGCCUCUGACGCUCCGAAAUACAUCAGGGGUCUGACCGCCUGCGCCAUCCUCUACUGCGUCGAGUUCUUGAGCAUGGCUUCAUGGAGAUUCUACUAUAUCUGGGAGAACCGACGCCGUGCCAAGAUGAUUCGUGAGCAAGGUAUCUCGGAGGAGGAGAGCGAACGGCUGGGCAGGCUUAACGCUGAGGCUGAUAUGACUGACUGGGAGAACAUUCACUUCAAGUACAAGUAUUAA